AUGGCGGUGGAAUCCUUAGAGACGGAGAUGGACACGGCGGUGCGUGUGGUGCACCUCGCUUCUUCUCUCUGUGUUAAAGUUCAGGAGAAGCUCCGUCUUCCUUCCUCCACUAACAACGGCCACGUUAAGUCCAAAGAUGAUGAUUCCCCUGUCACCGUCGCAGAUUGGGGUGUUCAAGCGAUCGUGAGCUGGGUUUUAGCUGAAGUUUUUGGAGGUCAAAACCUUUCAAUCGUCGCUGAAGAAGACACUGAGUCACUCUCAAAGGCAGAGUCUUUAGGCCUUUUGGGAGCUGUCUCCAAUGCAGUCAACGAAGCGCUAUCCGAAGCUCCCAAAUACGGUCUUCCAAAGCCAGAUAAACCUUUAGGAUCGAGUGAUAUCCUAAAGGCUAUCAGUCGAUGCAACUCUCUUGGAGGUCCUAAAGGAAGGCACUGGGUUCUUGAUCCCGUCGAUGGAACGUUAGGCUUCGUUCGUGGUGAUCAGUACGCUGUUGCUUUAGCUCUGAUAGAGAAUGGUAAAGUUCUGUUGGGAGUGUUGGGAUGUCCAAACUAUCCAGUCAAGAAAGAAUGCUUAAGCAACGGCUGCAACCAAACAACCGGGUCGGUGUCGAAAGGAUGUGUCAUGUAUGCAAAGAAAGGAAGUGGUCAAGCGUGGAUGCAGCCGUUGGUCUCUGGAGGGUUCCCUGAAUCUGCAGCAACGGUUCUCAAGGUUUCAACGGUCGAUGAUCCGGUUUUAGCCACGGUUUGUGAGCCGGUUGAGAGAGCGAACUCGAACCACUUGUUCACUGCGGGUCUUGCCAAUAGCAUGGGGGUUAGGAAACAGCCGCUGAGAGUGUACAGCAUGGUGAAGUACGCGGCGAUUGCAAGGGGAGACGCGGAGGUGUUUAUGAAGUUUGCGCAGUCGAGUUACAAGGAGAAGAUAUGGGAUCAUGCUGCUGGUGUGGUGAUUGUGGAGGAAGCUGGUGGUGUGGUGACUGAUGCGGGAGGGAGAGAGCUGGACUUCUCGAAAGGUGUUUACUUGGAAGGUCUUGACAGAGGAAUCGUUGCGAGCUCUGGUCAGGUUUUGCAUGAGAAGAUUAUAGGUGCUGUUUAUGCUAGCUGGGAAUCUUCAAGUCUUUGA